AUGAAACAUUUAAAAGCGCUAAAUAAAAUCAAAAAGUUCUCAAAAGCGCUAUCUAUAGUCAAACAAAGCCAAAAAAAAAAUUGUGAAGAGGCGAGUCCCGGCCAGAAGCAAGACUGCCUAGGCUGGCGGCGGCGGCUGUUGAUAUUCGAGCGAAGGAAAAAUUUCGCCGCGCGGCAAAAGUUCACAAUUGGCGCCCAACGUGGGGCCUCUUCUUCAAAAGUUUUAGGUGACAGGUAUAGCAGGAGUCAAGGUGACAGGUAUGGCAGUGACCGCAGUGAAAUUCCUAAUUCCAAAUUUUUAGGUGACAGGCACGACAGGAGCCGUAACGAAACCUUCCCAACUUUUUUAGGUGACAGGGCUGGUUCUACCGAAAAUAUUUUAGAUUUUAAGUAUCAGGUAGGUCAACAGUCGGUACCGGAGGCAGUUGUUUGUAAAACUUCUCCAGGAUUUUCAGGAAUAGGUGCAGAAUGGUUCAAGAGGAUGAAGAAGUCGAACACAGUCCUUCGUUUGACAACCACGGGGAAUCACUGCAUUACAAGUUUGAUGGCACUGAGUGUCUCAAAACUUUUUUUUAAGAAGUUCGAGAUAUGUGCUAUGUAUAACCAAUGGAGUAUGGACGACAUGGAAGCGUAUCUGUCAUGUUCGUUGACAGGUGAAGCUGCUGAAGUUCUUUGGGACUUAGCGGGACUAGGUUAUCAAGAAUUAGUAACAAAGUUAGAAAACCGCUAUGGAACGAGUGGUCACGAAGAGUCGUAUAGAUAUGAGUUGCAGACUCUUCGACGCAAACCAGGUGAGUCGCUUCGUGAAUUAUCACAAACGGUAAAAAAGUUAAUGUCGUUAGCUUACCCGGGCGAACAGUCAAAGUUGGCGGUACAUUUAACAACAGAUUUUUUUUUAUUUGCUCUUUAUGACGCUGAUUUAGAACUGAAAGUUAGAGAAAGGGAACCAAAAAAUAUUGAUGAGUCGUUAGGAAUUGCACAGCGCCUUGAAGUUUCAAAAAACUUAGUUAAUUCAUCCUACAGGUUUACCCCACAGGUUAGGAACAUGCAGGAUACAACAGAAAACAGGAUGAAGGCAGUGGAGCGGCAAUUAAACGCGCUUCAUCAAUCGGUUGACGUCAUUCAAGACCAUAAGGUACAAAAAAGAUUGGGUUUGUUGGAUAGCGGAAGCAGCGUAUCUAUCAUCCCGUCCUCAAUGGUUGACGUCGCGAGGGUCACACCUACCAAAAGAUCGCUGAAGGCCGCUAACAAUACAGAGAUUCCAAUGAAGGGGAAAAUGAAACUAUGGAUAAAGGUUGGUGGAUUUUCUAAGCUUGCUUCGGUUUUGGUAUCGGACCACGUGUCAGAAAUUAUCUUGGGUUUAGACUGGCUAGUAAAUAAUAAAGUCUCAUGGAAGUAUGACGAAGCACAAAUUACCGUUGGUAACAAAAAUAGAGUAGUGAAGUUGGUCAUUAAAAGAUUGUCAGAGAGGCAAUUGUGCCGAAUCUAUUCCAGUGUGGAAGUGCAAAUUCCGGCACGAGCUGAAAUAGAUGUACCAACAAAAUUGGUGGUACGCCAGCCAUCCAAAUUAACAUUGACAGAUUGUGUAUGGUCUGAGGCAAGGCAAGAUAUAUUUAGUGAUACAGGUACAGAAAUUGGAGUUGCAAAAGGGGUUUAUCAUAAGAUCAACACAGAGCAGGCCCGGCCAAUAAAGCAACAACUCAGACUGCUCAACCGGUCAUUAGUAGCUCAUCAAUUGGCGCGGGAAAGGCUAAAGACAGGGACACUUUAUAGGAAGUCAUUGUAUGAUGCUAAGGUCAAAGUCCUGACUCUACGACCGGGAGACAAGGUGUGGUACCUGUACCCAAGAUCAUGGCAAGGCAAAUCUCCAAAAUGGGUCAGCCCAUAUAUAGUGGAUCAUUUAAUUCCUCCAGUCAAUGCGGCGAUAAAAAAAACGUCAGAGCUAAACCGCAGGAUGAAACAGUACAGCAAAUGUGGGAGAAGGAUGUUGACACGCAACCACAAGAGACAUUUCGACAGGUGCUCUGGAGCGGGAAACAGCGCAUCAGAUAGCCAGCUUGUGUCACUAGGACGGGCGAUCCCGUAUUUAGGAAACAGUACACCGGAGAAAGCGGUCAACGCUUUGAAAUUAUCUUUCCCGGGUAUUCCGUCAACAUUGACCCUGAGCUUCUCACUUGAAAAUUGUGCUGAGGAACCGACACAACGAAAAAGAUGGGCAAGCGAAGCUAGGCGGUGGGCGAACCAGUUCAUAGCUUUCGAAAUGCCCGAUGAAGCCCACCAAGAAACAUCACUGGGGUCAGUGCCCAUGUCGAGUCACGUAGAAGUAGCGGGCGAAAGCUUGGUCGACACACCAUGCUCAACUGCCAGACCGUCGCUGGUGGACUGGAUACUGGAAGGCCAGGUUUACGAGGGCGAGACGUCCUUCCCUGUAGACCAGGUUUUGACGAUAAGCACUCCAGCGUGGGCAAAGGAAGACAGCGACAUACUCCCAGCAUCAAGCCCAGCUGUACCGAAUAAGAAGGGAAGAAAGAGGCCGUCCAGAUGGGGCCCGGAAUUGAUGGCGAUCAACGUCUCCAGUUUCGACGAGGAGCUUUGA